AUGUAUCGCCCCAACGUCUGUGUUUUCAUCUUCAAUGAGAAGGUGGAGUUUCUCGGAUGCCAGCGUAUGAAGACGAACCACUUCCAGUGUGUGCAGGGUGGCAUUGAGGCCUGCGAUAUGGACAUCACACUGGCUGCGCUGAGAGAAGUGGAGGAGGAGAUCGGGCUCAAGCCGUCGGACGUGACUUUUGUUCAGGAGAUCCCACCGCCGAACGGGGAUCCGAUGAACUUUGCUUACACCCUCGCCCCCAACGCCAACCUCCGCCGCUUUGGCUACGUCGGCCAAAAGCAGCGUAUUCUCCUGUUCUUCACGGCGUCUGAAAACAUAGCGAAAAUGGUGCUUAUUCCUCCUCCAGAGUUACACGCCUUACAGGAAUUCCGGAAGGUGGAGUGGAUGCCGAUCGAGCAGCUUAUCGGCAAGGCGUUACCGGAGAAGGUGCAUAUUUUCAAAGCCGUUGGGGAGGUGGCGCCAGGAAUCGCUCGCGCCUUCUUGGAGAAAAACCUUCUCGGUGAGCCUAAGGAGGCGGCCAAGUGCUAG